AUGGCAGAGAAAUGUCCCUUCCACCAAGCCUCGAAGCCCAACGUUGCGGGCAGUGGCACCCGGAACCGCGACUGGUGGCCAGACCAGCUGAAGCUGAACAUCCUCCGUCAGCACACAGCAGCCUCAAACCCACUGGAUCCAGAUUUUGACUAUGCUGCGGCUUUCAACAGUCUGGAUUACGAUGCUCUGAAGAAGGACCUGCAGGAUCUGAUGACUGAUUCACAGGACUGGUGGCCAGCGGAUUUUGGCCAUUACGGUGGCCUCUUCAUCCGCAUGGCCUGGCAUAGUGCGGGUACCUAUCGCACCUUUGAUGGUCGUGGUGGUGGUGGGCAAGGUCAACAACGGUUCGCGCCACUCAACAGCUGGCCGGACAACGUGAGUCUCGACAAAGCUCGACGCCUGCUUUGGCCUAUUAAGCAGAAGUAUGGUAACAAGAUCUCCUGGGCCGACCUGAUGAUCUUGACGGGCAACGUGGCCCUAGAGUCUAUGGGCUUCAAGACAUUCGGAUUUGCCGGUGGCCGUAAGGAUACUUGGGAAGCGGACGAAUCUGUAUACUGGGGUAGGGAGACCACAUGGCUCGGGAAUGACGUGCGGUAUUCCCACGGGUUUGCCGGAUCUUCCAAGCAUGGUGCUGUUAUCGCCGAUGAAGAACCCCAUCGCGAUAUACAUUCUCGCGAACUGGAAAAGCCGCUCGCAGCUGCUCAUAUGGGCUUGAUUUAUGUGAAUCCGGAAGGACCCGAUGGAAACCCCGACCCAGUCGCUGCAGCUCGGGACAUUCGUACCACGUUCGCUCGCAUGGCAAUGAAUGAUGAGGAAACCGUUGCAUUAAUUGCCGGGGGUCAUACUUUUGGAAAGACACACGGCGCGGCUUCCUCGGACCACGUUGAUGCUGAGCCAGAGGCUGCUGGCCUAGAGGCACAGGGCUUUGGUUGGCAGAACAGCUACGGCUCCGGAAAAGGCGCGCAUACCAUUACCAGUGGUCUGGAAGUAACCUGGACAAAGACUCCAACCCAAUGGAGCUUGAACUUUCUCGAGUACCUGUUCCGCUUCGAAUGGGUGCUGACCAAGAGUCCUGCGGGCGCGCACCAGUGGGUAGCCAAAGACGCAGAUGCCUUUAUCCCGGAUGCAUACGAUUCAUCCAAGAAGCACCGACCACAGAUGCUCACCACCGACCUGUCUCUGCGAUUCGAUCCUGCUUACGAGAAGAUCUCGCGCCGCUUUCUGGAGAAUCCAGAUCAGUUUGCAGACGCUUUCGCGCGGGCCUGGUUCAAGCUGACACAUCGGGACAUGGGGCCGCGUGCUUGCUAUAUCGGCCCUGAGGUCCCCGCGGAAGAGCUGUCCUGGCAGGAUCCCAUCCCUGCAGUAAGCCAUCCGGUGAUUAAUGACACCGAUAUUGCCGCACUCAAGCGGGAUAUUCUCGCAACGGGUGUCGACUCUUCGAAGUUCAUCUCGACUGCUUGGGCAUCAGCAUCGACUUUCCGGGGCAGUGACAAGCGUGGCGGCGCCAAUGGUGCGCGUAUUCGCCUUGCCCCUCAGCGCGACUGGGAGGUCAAUAACCAGCCAUGGCUGGAGGCAGCAUUGAAGGCCCUGGAUGACGUCCAAAACAGAUUCAACAGCGCCCAGAACGAUGGAAAGCGAGUAUCCCUGGCGGAUCUCAUUGUGCUCGCCGGCUGUGCCGCUGUCGAGAAAGCUGCCAGCGAUGCCGGCCAUAACAUCACUGUGCCUUUCACGCCGGGACGCAUGGAUGCUUCGCAGGACCAGACGGAUGUCGAAUCAUUCAGUCAAAUGCAGCCCGUAGCAGACGGAUUCCGGAACUAUGGCUCCUCUCCUGCUCGGGCGCGAGCUGAGCACUAUCUGGUUGACAAGGCGCAGUUGCUCACUCUAUCUGCGCCUGAAAUGACGGUGCUUGUUGGUGGACUGCGGGCUCUGAAUGCCAACUACGAUGGUUCCGCCCACGGUGUGUUUACUACCCGGCCGGGCCACCUGACAAACGAUUUCUUUGUCAAUCUCCUCGAUAUGAACACCUCGUGGAAGGCAUCAGGCCGUGACAGUGACAUUUACGAAGGCACCGACCGUCGAACCGGCUCGAAGAAAUGGACUGCUACCAGGGCCGAUCUUGUCUUCGGAUCUCACGCCGAGCUGCGCGCCAUUGCCGAGGUGUAUGGCAGCAGUGAUGGAAAGGAGAAAUUCGUGAAUGACUUUGUUGCUGCUUGGGCGAAGGUCAUGGACCUUGACAGAUUUGAUCUGAACUAG